UUGAAGUGUAGAAGAGCUGCCAAGUCUCCUGUACAUUUCAAAGGGAGAUGGAAAUUCCAUUGACUACUUGAUUAGCCAAUUAAUCGAAAUUCAGCACACAGAAUCGUGUGACCCCUGACUGAUUUUUCUGUGGGUCAGCAGCCUCCAACCCCAAAAAGAUCACUUCUUGAUUUUACUGAUUAUGACAUUUCUGUAAAUUGGAAGAUGAUUUAUACAUUUUUGUAUAAUUAGCUAGCAUUUACAGCUAUGAUGAGUCUAACCCCAGUUACAUUACCACUUAUUUAAUUUACAUAUUGCUGUCCUCUUCAGAGCUAAGACCCCAAUCAGAAUCCAGUUUAUGUCACUGUGACUCCAUGUGGGAAUAAGAGCCAGUGCUUGAGAAUCACUUUGCAGGAUUGAGACCUCAGUGUUUUCUGUUUUCAGUUUCUCCUCUGGACCUUUCUUUCAUUAUUCCCUGUCCUCAACCCCUUCAAAUGUUCUUCAGUGUUGCUUCAAAUAUAACAUUGAGUUUCUUGGUUCUGGAACGCAUGGCGGUUGAAUCAAUUUGAACAAUUUCUGAAAGCAUAGGUGAUAUGCAAGGAGUGACUAGGAAAAGUAAACAUUUUAAUGUGAAUGGUGUUCUUGACUUGUGAUAUGUUAUAUGCAGUUUAUGAGACUCCAUUUGCUACUGAAUCAUAUGUAUGUUUGGCUUGUUAGCUUCUGCAGCAAUUUAAUGGUGUAUAUUCAGGGGAAUGAGUACGUUGUUUGCUGCUGUGCAAGGCCUUCAAGAAUAGGCUGUAUCUAGGGUUUUAUUUGGUUUGUAGUUUACAUCUAGUCAUCAUCUACUAUUCAGGAUAUGUUACUAACAAUUAAUAGGAGUUCCCUUUAAAUUUUCGAGGUACAGCCAUUUGGCAGGUGAAUAUGUACUUACCGAAAGGAAGUUUAUGGGAAUGAGGAAACUAUUCUUUUUCUUGUAAACGAUCAGGAGGAAGGCAUGCCAUUUGAUUAACAAGCUUUUGUGAAAGUAGACUGAAUUAUAUUGUAAAAUUAGAAUGAAUUAAAUAAAUGUUUGUUUCUUUAGCAGGAAGAGAGAUGUUAAGGUAAAGUUGUUUGUAUGUAAGCAGAAAGGAGGAUGUUAAGGCAGAGGACAUUGGUUCCCCUUAAGGGUGAUAGUGAGACAUUAACAGGAGAUUGGUAAGAGUUAAUAAGGAAAUGAGAUACUUGACUGACCCCAGGUAACCUUGUCAGUUUACGCCCUUUUUUCAAUCCUUUUAUCUGUAUAAAUAAGGUGGCUUGGGUUUGGGAGGGGGUCUCACUUUUCUGGUUGUAUUAGCAAAGCGCUUUGCUAAUAAAAUAGAGUUGUCAAUGAAAUUGUGAGUCCUGAGUCUAACUUUGACAAUGGGAAUGAGGAAACUAUUGUUGGGCCCAGAAAAACAAGGCCCGGUCAACAUUAUGCUAAGGAAAGUUAACAAAGGCUAAAUUCAUAGGCCUCUGAGUAUUCUUGACCAGAACCAGGAAUGUGGUUCAAACAGAGGCUGGUUUAGGUUAUAAAAGUAAAAUAAGUGAUAAAUUACAUAUUUGUACCUACUAUGGCUUGCUUUGGGAACUGGUCAGUAACUCCCUGUUUCUGUUCCCCUUCGCUAAUCUUACCUCCCUAUUUUUGCCCUUUGUUUGUGCCCGACUCCUUUGUCUCCUUGUUCCUGGUACCUGCCUUUUGUGAUUGAUACGAAAGUUGCUGAUGCAUCAUGAAGCGCUUCUGGCCACAAUGAAUGGUUGGCCAAGAUAUGAAUAGAUAUUAAAAGUUUUAGAAAGAGGGGUAAGUGGCUUGGGUGAAGAGCUUAUGAUGCGAUGGAACUGUCUUUAUAAGCCAACCUGUUACUAAAAUCGGGGCUGGUUCUCUUUGGAGACGGGCCGCUCUCUAUUGCUGUGUUCACUCUUCAAUAAAGAGCUUGUGAUUGGACUUUGCUGGUGUUGCCUGUCUCUUUGCAGUCAGACAACGAACCGAGCCGUCUGGGCUAGAGUCCCUGACACUAUUCUUUUUCUUGUAAACGAUCAGGAGGAAGACAUACCAUUUGGCUAACAAACUUUGGUUACUUGUGCUUUGCUGGAAAUAGGUAUUCCCAGGUAAUGAAAAAUGUGUUCAGAAUAUCUGAUAGUGUAGCAUGUGAGUUUUUUGAAGUGUUGGUUGAGAAUGAAAAUUUAAAUGGAGGUAAUGUGGGGAAUUUAUUUUAAAAUACCUAUUGCAUGGUGCAUUCCAAGGCAAAAUGCAUGAUUUUUUUUUGUGAGUCCCAGGAAUUACUUAUGAAAUUUAAUGUUGAUAAAUGUAAAGUAAUGCAUAUUUGGAAAAAAAACAUAAUUUAAAGGCAGAAGACCAGUGGGGAACCUGGGGCAAGCAGGAACUGCUUCCCUGCUUGUGCUGUUUCCCCUCUGUGCCUCUGCCUUUCUGUGCAGAUAGUGCUGGGGGGGGAAACCAUCUUUUAAGCAAUGGCUCCUGCUUCCUUCUCCCUUCCCCUCUGUUGUUGUUAGUCAUUUGAGAGUCAUUGGCUCCCAGGGAUGGUGUAUGUUGCUGUGUCACUAAUGUGGUUUUGUUUCUGCUGCAACUCUUUUUUUAAAAAGUAUGAGGUUUUUUACGGGGAGAUAGCAAAUGUGGGAGAAUUCUUCUCCGCCAGAACCUAAUGUUUACCCACUUAUGUGUAAAGUAAUUCAUGUUGAAUUACUUUUACCAGGUGUUGAAACUAAAUAGCUUUGCCUCCAGCAUGUUUUUUCAGUAUUGUAAAACAUACCCCACCUGCUUUUUUUUUGUUUUGUUAGUGAAGACACAGCUUCAGAGUUGGGCGUUGCAGAUGCAGAACUGAUGCAUCAUGUGAAUCAGAAGUUGCAGAUUCUUUUGUCCCACAGUGUUUUUACAUUUUGUUCCUUAUUGUCUUGAGGUAGGAGUAGAUUACUUCUUUGCAGACAAGCCUUGUCUGAACUGCUUCUGCAUACACUUAACCAGAUAUAUGAUUGUUCUUUAUAAGUGUAUCAGAGAGAUAAAUAGCAGGAAGUGAGAGGACUUAUUUAAGUUAAGCACCAAUCUGGACACAGGAUCAAAUAGGUCUAAAUCAAGGGUGGGGAACACCAGGUCUAGGGGCCAAAUGCGGCCCCCAGCUUGCCUGUUGUUUUGUAUGUGUGUGAGGGGGGAAGGAGUUCUUACUUGUGUGUAGCCCCCGACUGACUUUUCUGUGGGUCAGCAGCUCCCGACCCAAAUAAGUUUCCCCAUUCCUGGUCUAAAUUGUCUACAUUUAGAUUUGGAAUUAGACCAACGUUUCUCAAAGUGAGCCUGUGGCCCACUUAGACAAAGGUGUCAGACCAUCAGAGGAGUGAAAUUUUGGAACAGUCUUCCAAGGGAAACUGAGGGGACAAAAAAACAUAAUUGUGUUCAAAACUGAGCUUGAUAAGUUUAUGGAGGGGAUGGUAUGAUGGGACUGCCUACAAUGGCAUGUAGCAAAUCUGCGGCUGCUAGCAGUGACUAUCUUUGCGGAUGGGAGUGCUGUGAGUUACUACAGAGAAUUCUUUCCCUCAUGUCCCUAGGUCCCCCCCAUCCUGGGCAGGUGGAGAAUCCACAGCUUCCCACAGAUGCCUGGUCAGCUCUUACUAUGUCCCACCUGUGACUCUUUGCCCGUCCCCUCCCCCCAUAGCCCCACUGUCAGGCUGAAAGCUGAAAUCAGGUCAGGGUAAGAGCCAUGCAGAUCGUCCACCUGCUCUGCGUGAGUGGCCAAAGGGGUGGAGACAGGAACCAGGACUUGUUCUUGGGCUCAUUUACCAUGGCUCCGGCUUCACCAGGGAGUGGGGCCUUGAGAAAAGAGGAGUGAUGGGGUCGUGAAUGGGAUGGGGGUCUCAUCCCCCACGCUCCAUUUUUAGGCAGAAUCCAUCACUCCCUAGUCCAGGGGUUCCCAGCGCGGUGCCCAUGGGCGCCAUGGUGCCUGCCGGGGCAUUUAUGUGUGCCCUCCCAGUGACCAGGGCCAGCCCAAGCCAUUCUUGCACCCUGGGUACAGCCCCUGCCCUGAACACGCGGUGCAUGUGCGGUGCCACCCUUGGGCGCCCGGCAGCCCCAAAAGGUUGGUGACCACUGCCCUGAUCUAACUGAUCGCCAUCAUUUGGCUUGCAAAGGAAUUUCCCCUAGAUCACAUGGGCAGAGAUCUGGGAGUUGGGGUUUCCUUCCUCUGCAGCAUGGGGCACAGGUCACUUGCAGAUCUAAAUGAUUGUAAAUGGUGGAUUCUCUGUAACUUGAAGUUUUAAAAUCGUAAUUUGAGGACUUUGGUAACUCAGCCAGAGGUUAUGGGUCCAUUACAGAAAUGGGUAGGCGAGGUUCUGUGGCCUGCAGUGUGGAAGUCAGACUAGAUGAUCAUGAUAGUCCCUUUUGACCUUAAAGAAUAUGGGUCUAAAAGAGUUUUCUUUGGUUUGAUGCUUUGAACACUUUGGGGCCAGUGCAGGUGGGAAGAGGAGGAGCAGGGAUGGGAAAGGAACCUGAAAGAAGGUGAUGGGAAGGAAAAGAAACAGCUGGAGAAAUGAGGGGAACAGGGUUAAAUGGACAAGGGCAGAAGAGUCUGAAAUAAAAGAGCUCAGCUGGAAUGGGGAGAAAGAAACUCAGGAUCAUAUAGGGCAUGGGGCAACUAUGAGGCCCUAAAGAUCUGUUCUCCCUGGAAUUACAGGUCAAGAGAAGGCUGAUUAACCCUUGAAAGCUGGAAAUCCAAGCCUAGAAUAUAGGGCAGGAAGACUUGAAGAAUUCCCCAACUUUUACUGUACCUGCAGGUUGGAUGAGUGAGGAGGAAGAGAAAAAAGGGAUUCUGGGUAACUAAAGAAGGAGAGGGAAAUAGGUAGGAGGGAAAAUAGGAGCAGUUUAGAGAAGAAGUAGGAAGGGAGUCAAAAGUGAGAAGAAACUUGGGAAGGAGAGAAACAUGAAGGCCUGAGGGAGCUUUUUCAUCCUUGUUCCCAGACUGCUGUCAGGGGACUGCUCAGCGUCCCCUACCAAAAUGUAGUGACCAGCUAUUUCUCCCAAGUCGUUGUCAUCCCCAGCUUUGGGGUGGGGCACCAUGACUUGGUUAAUCAGUGCCUCUUUCAGCUUUUCCUUCCUGCUCCUAGCUCAACCUUACUCCACCCAGGGGCUGGGGGUAGGGCUAAUUUUGCUAAGCUUCUUUCUUUUCCUGGUGCAAACACAGUCAUGGAAACUGGCUGCUGGCCAGUGAACAUUUGCAGAAAGGUUGAGGCUUUUGUGUGCCUCAUUUAAAGAGACAGGCUCCAUUAAACACAAUGAAAAUUAUCUCAAAAUUGUGAACACACCAGAAGUUCUGUAACUGAAAUCUGUGCUCAGCUGGUAGACAUCCUAGGAUGAAGAAAUUGGCUCCAACGUGAUAAAAAGUUCUUGGCUUUUGUCCAUUGGUGUCUGGCCAUUCUCCUUGUCCCUCUCCUCCUCCUCUUCCCCUUUCACCACCACUCUGUCCUCCAUGCGCUUCCCAGGAGUGUCUUGGGCCGAGUUCAUGGUCAGGCUUGGGAUGCUGGUUGGGUCCAUCCCAGAAUAGCAUCCAACUGCUUGUAGAACUGGCAUGUUUGCAGUGAUGCAUCAGACUGUCCGUUUGCCUCCUUUGUUUUGUGCUUCAGUUUCUUGAUUUUAACUCUUCGCUGCUGGGCGUCCCUGGAAUAUCCUUUUGCCUGCAUUGCCUUUGAGAUCUUCACAUAGAUAUCGGCAUUUCUUUUGCUGGCUUGGAGACAAUGGAUUCCUCUCCCCAUGCUUCGAUAAGGCCCAUGAUCUCCUUUACAGAGGCCGAGUAGACAAAGAGAGGAGUGUGCUCUUCUGAACCCCUGGGAACUGGAGCUCAUGGGACUUGAAGAAUUGGAAGUCAUGGAAGUAUUGUAAGUUGUGUCCAGGUAUGCUGCCUGCUCUGAGGAAUGCUCACAACACUGACUACAUGGGAAAUGAAAUUCAAACUUUCACAAGGCUUUUUCUGUUCACGUGGAGAGCAAAAGAGGCACAAGUUCUGGCCAGAGUGGUCAGAGCCCAGUGCUGUGUCUACACAACCAUAAACUUGAUCAGGCAAGGUCGGAAAUAGCAUUGAAAUCAGGAGUACCUGACAUCGACUUGAAUAGCCCUGAAGGUUGAGGAGACAGGCUUGGUAAUGUGAAUGCAUUGUUUAAAAAUUCGACCUUGUGCAGCUAAAUUCAGUCUAAACUGCUAGUGUACACCAGGCCUCUGUCUACUUCUGUAUGAACUCCAGAAAAGUUUUUCUGUAUGUCCCUGGCUUUCUCAGUGCCCUCUCUGGUCAAUCCUCUGUCCUAAUCUCUCCUUCCCUCCAUUCUUUUGUCACCUUACCUCUAUUAUGGGAUGCAGACAGAAGGUCCAGUGUCCUCUCUAAUUUUUCUCUCUCUUGUGCAGAAUUAAUUUUAUGUGCACCAAUAUGGAGGUGUUAUGCAACACAUCACCUUCAUGUUGGUACAGACAACAAAAUCCUUGUGGCAGGAGUUGAGCCAAGAGUUCUGAGUGUGGGAGGGGGCUCAAGCCUCGGGCAGAGGGCCAGGGUGCAAAGAUGUGAGGGCUCUGGAUUGUAUGCAUGCUUUGGGGCUGGGCUGGUGAUGGGGGCUCAGGGUUAGGGGAGAGGGUUGUGGAGUGGGGGGUGCGAUUGUUCUGGCUGCAGGGACAGGCUAUGGGGUGAGGCUGGGUUGAGGGUUUUGGCGAGAAGGAAGGUGCUCUGGGGCUACUGUGAGGACAGAAGACUCCCUCCAGCUCCCUCUCCUUGCAGCAGCACCUGGGCUGGUCUGAAGAGGUUUCUCUCCCUGUCAUGGCAUCUCCAGGGUUGGGUCUGCAGGUUUGAGCUGGGGCUGAGUUGGAAAUGUGGGAAGGCCACCCCAGCUGCAGCUGAAUAUGUGCGGAGGUAGGGAUGUCCUGGCUAUGGCAGGUCAUGGGGCGCCAGCCACAGAUGAGUUGGAGUGCCUCAGUUGUGGUAGGUAUGGCUUGCAGCAGAGUUGCAUCAGGUAUAGGGUUGCCACAGCCCAGAAGAUUCUAGCGUCACAGCAGGUCUGGGCCACCCCAGCUAACCAAGGUACUAUGUAGGGAUUUCUGGCCAGUGGGAGUGAUAGGAGCCUGCAAGCUAAUGCAGGGAACAGAACUUCCUUGGCUGAUGUUUCAGUACAGAGCUGCUCCCUCCCCCAUCAGGCAGAGCUCACAAGCUGGGUUCAGCCUGCGGCUUGCCUUGAUCCAACCCGUGAGGCUUGGAGCCCCACCCCACCUCCAGCAGUGGAGAGCUGGUGCUCAAGCCACGCAUGGGGGCACUGAAGCUCAGUGCCCCCCCUCCAUGUGGCUGGAGCACCAGUGCCAGCUUACCCCACUGUGGGUAGGAGGGCGCCCCAAGCCUUGCAGGCUUUGUAAAGCAUCUAAUGAAAGCUAAUAGAUCCUCUGAUACAUAGCUUAGCAUUCAUCUGCCUUUGUCACUUUAUCUGUAUUUGUCCCAUUCAGCAGCACGUAGCUUUUUACUGAACAGUUUUUUCAUAGACAUUCCUAACUACAGUUUUUACAAGUUGACUUUUUGUGAUACUGCACUUCAAAUGCCUUACAAAAUAUUUACAGUAUAUUCAUGACAACACAACAUGGAUCACUUCACGAUGCAUCAGUUCAAUGAGGAAAUAGAAUUAGAUUACAGUAGUAAGGAUUUUUCCGAGUGCUACCUGACACAUCAUGAGGUUGAACACACUUAUAUAAUCUAAAUUUACGUUAUCGAUUUACCAUAAAAUGUGCAGACUUUUUUUGUGUACAUAAGCAAUUGUAUAAAUAGUCCUGCUGUGCCACCCUGCUUAGAACAAAAUUGUGCAGAAAGGGACAAUGAAGCUGCUUAAGAGCUUGCUUCUUUUAUUUCUGUUAUCCAUAGAAAGAGGUUCCAUGGUACAGCUGAAAAAUGGUGGCUAUGAGGACAUUGUUUUUGCAAUUAACCCCGAGUUACCAGAAGAUCACAAUAUCAUUAGAAACAUACAGGCCAUGGUCAAAGAAGCUUCUUCUUUCUUGUUCAAUGCUACAAAACAGAGAUUUUUUUUUAAGGUGGUAAAAAUUAUAAUUCCUCUGAAUUGGCAGCCAAAACUUGAGUAUUUAAGUGUAAAAACAGAGUCAUAUGAUAAGGCAGAUGUUAUUGUGGCUGAUCCUUUCUUGAAGUAUGGAGACGAUCCCUACACACUGCAAUAUGGAAGAUGUGGGGAAAAGGGUCGAUACAUUCAUUUCACUCCCAGCUUCCUGUUAAAUGACAAUUUGCAAAAAAUCUAUGGAUCACGAGCCAAAGUUUUUGUCCAUGAAUGGGCCCAUCUUCGUUGGGGGGUGUUUGAUGAAUAUAAUAAUGAUGCACCUUUCUACGUGUCUGUAAACUCUGGAAAAGCGAGUGUUGAAGCAACAAGGUGUUCAGCUAGUGUCACUGGUAAAUACAUAGUCCAAAGCUGUGAGGGAAACGGGUGCACAACAAGAGAAUGCAAGUAUGAUGAACAGACUAAACUGUAUGAAGCUGGAUGUAAAUUUAUACCAGACAAAACACAAAAUGCCCCAGCAUCUAUAAUGUACAUGCAGAGCCUCCCUUCUGUGGUUGAGUUCUGUGAUCAAAGCACUCAUAAUGAAAAGGCUACAAAUAUGCAGAACAAAAUGUGUAACUAUCACAGCACAUGGGAAGUAAUUAUGAACUCGCCGGACUUCAGUAACACCUCUCCAAUAAAUAGCACAAGCCCUCCAUUCGAAACCUCCUUCUUGUUGCUGCAGACCAAAGACAGAGUAGUCUGUCUAGUACUAGAUGUUUCUGGAAGCAUGAAUUCGAAUAACCGCAUUAAACGUCUCAAACAAGCUGCAGAGAUAUUCCUACUACAGAUUAUUGAAACAGGUUCCUGGGUUAGUAUUGUCACAUUUGAGUCUACGCCAUACAUUAAAACUCAUCUACAACAAAUAAUCAGUGAGAAUAUACGCCAGAAUCUUGUCAAAUACCUGCCUACAUCAGCUGAUGGAGGAACUAACAUCUGUGGAGGAGUACUCAAAGGAUUUGAGGUGAUUAAACAAAAACACGCUAAUCUCUAUGGUUCUGAAAUUGUACUGCUGACAGAUGGAGAGGAUUCAGGUAUGAGCUUUUGCCUUAAGGAAGUGGAAAACAGUGGAUCAAUCAUUCACACCAUUGCCUUGGGGCCAAACGCUGCUUCAGAAUUAGAACAAUUUUCAAACAUGACAGGGGGCUUAAAGUUUUAUGCCACAGAUACACUUGACUCCAAUGGUCUAAUUGAUGCAUUCAGUGGAAUUUCAUCAGGAAGUGGAAAUAUUUCUGAACAGUCUAUUCAGCUUGAAAGUACAGCUCUGAGUGUUGCAGUCAAGCAGUGGAUGAAUGGUACAGUGACUGUUGACAGCACUGUGGGCAAUGACACCUUCUUUGUAGUUACAUGGGAUCAAAGCACAUCUCCACCAAACAUUUUACUCAGGGACCCAAAAGGAAAAGAAUAUAGAACAUCCAGCUUUGAAGUUAGUAGUCUAAACCUUCGAACUACACGACUGAAGAUAGCAGGCACUGCAGAGAUGGGGGAUUGGCAUUACUGGAUUCAGAAUAAUCACACAGAUUCUCAAGUCAUAUCAAUGAUAGUAACAUCUCGAGCAGCAUCUUUGGCUGUGCCCCCAGUUACUGUGAAAGCCUACAUGAAUAAGGAUACAAACAACUUCCCUAAUCCAAUGGUGAUUUAUGCCGAAGUGAGUCAAGGAUUUUUGCCAGUUCUUGGUGCAACCGUGAUGGCCACCGUUGAACCACAGGCUGGAUCCCCAGUGGGUCUCCAACUCCUUGAUGAUGGUUCAGGUGCUGAUAUUACCAAGAAUGAUGGAAUCUAUUCAAAGUAUUUUACAUCUUUCAAUGGAAAUGGUAGAUACAACUUAAAAGUGCAUGUUCAGGGAAGAAAUAAGACUGUCAGACUUGGCCGCCAGCAGAGCCGAGCCUUGUAUGUUCCAGGCUACAUAGAAAAUGGUGAAAUCAAAAUGAAUGCACCAAGACCUGAAGUUAGUGGUGAUGUAAUUCAAGCAAAGCUAGGAAGCUUCAACAGAGUUGCAUCAGGAGGCUCUUUUGUAGUGGAUAAUGUUCCUUCAGAAGGAAUUACUGAUGUGUUCCCACCCUGUAAAAUUAUUGACCUUGAAGCUCAGAAUAAAGAAGACAAAAUUCAUUUGUCUUGGACAGCUCCUGGGAAUGACUUGGAUGUGGGACAAGCUGAAAGAUAUAUAAUAAAAAUGAGUGAAAGUCUUUUGGACCUGAGGAACACCUUUGAUAAUGCUACUUCUGUGAAUACCUCUAGUGUGAUACCUAGCCCUGCUGGCACCAAAGAAUCAUUUUCAUUUAAACCAAAAAAUGUCACGAUAGAAAAUGGAACCAUAAUCUACUUUGCAGUACGUGCCAUUGAUAAUGCCUCCCUGACCUCAGAAGUGUCUAAUAUAGCACAAGCAGCUCUGUUUAUUCCUCCAAAGGAAUCCUCAGCUGAUAAUUCUUCUAAUCAUGUUAUCAGUGAAGGUAUUAAUGUUUUAACAAUAGUGUUAAUAGUAGCCGGGUCGGUAAUAGCUGUAUCAAUAGUUGUAAGUAUAACUGUUUGUAUUGUAUGUAAGAAAAAUAGAAGAUGAGACCCUGAGUUCAGAAUGCAUUUAAACUGAUUGUGAGAUGAAAGCUCUGUAAGAAUCUAUCCUGAUUUGUUCCCUUUGUGAUUUUUUUUAAAUACACGAGGGGAAAAUUGAAAUAAUUUUGUGAUAAUACAUUUGAAAAUUAAGUGAAUUUGCUUUCAAAUUCAUGUACAUUUCUAUUCUGCUUUCAAUGAGUUUGCCAAGUUACAGUGCAGGUAUUUGUACUAGGGAUGUAAGAUUGGAAAAAAAACGCACUAACCAUGUAACCUAUUGAAAUUCAGUUGGUUACACAGCUAAACACUCAGAAGCAUUGCAGGCUUCUGGGAGCUGCUGGUGCUGCCAGCCCCUUGGGAUCCUGGCAGUGGCUCAGAAUUUAACUGGUAAUGUGAAUUGAUAAACUGUUGUUUAUCAGUUAGCUGGUUAAUCAGUUAAUCCCUCGCGUCCCUAACUUGUGCAUAGACUAAAUACUUAAUUUAAAAGCAUGUUCUCAGAGUAAGGCACAUGUGCUAUGUAGCAUAUCAAUGACAAUCUCGAUUCUAAUUUAAUUCUGAUCUUCCAAGAUUUUUGCAACAUUAGGUUUUCUGUGCUUUGUUUUUAAAAAGUAGCAAAAACUGUAUCUUUCUAGUUUUUGUUAUCCAGUUGCUUAGCUAUCAGGAAUGGUGAUUUAACAAGAACUUACAUAUAGCUGUAAUCAUGCAAAUGUUUUCAUACAUGCACAAUUCUAUGCAUGUGAGGGGAGUUAUGCAAGUGUUAAUUAUUGUCAGGAUCAGGGUUGAACAGUAUCUACAAAUAAGCAAAUGGAAAACACUUUCUUCCUGAUAUUCUUACCAAUCACAUAGGCAACAUUCCAAGUCUAAACUGUUAUAUGAAAGAAUAACAGCAAAGUAAUAGAAGAGAAUACAUGCCAAACAGGAAUACUCCCUAUCAAGGCAUAUAACAGGAGCAACUGCAUGCAACAUUAAGGGGAGGAAGCUAUUCAGCAUAUGGCCGGAAGAAGAAGGGUUUGAGCAAGAAAUUUACAUCUCACUAAUGGAAGUGGAGAUUCCCAUGUAAACAGACCAGCUGGGGUUCAGGUGAAGCUAAAGAUGAUUUUCAAAUAGCAGGAAAAGAAAUAAAAAUGAGUAAUAGAGGCCCUAAAUCAUGUCUUUCUUCUCUUCUCUGCUCAUGGGAUCAACAACAUUUGAAAGAGAAGAGCAGUAUCAUUGAACUGGGAGGAGUGUCCCUGGCUGAAAGAAUCCAGAUAUAUGCUUUGUAGCAGUCUGGUCGGAGGAGACCUUUUGCUUUAAAUUCACUGUUUCUUAAAUUUGGUAUUAGUUUGUGUUUUAUCUUUUAUUUAUUUGUGGCCAAUUCUGACUUUUCUGCCUUGGUACUUGAAAUUAAAUGUAUAUUUCUGGGGUUAAUCGGCAUGUUUUAUAUAGACCAGUGUGUGUUUGGACUGAAGUAUUUGAGAAACUUAAUUUGAGAUAAUAGGGUUUGUGCAUAUCAUUUUCUAUUUGUGAAAUGAUGGACUUUCUAUAAUCUUGUGCAGUUGAGAAGGAAAGAGCUGGGUAGUACAAGAUGCACAUUUCUGAUACAGGUCUGGGACUGGGAAUUUACUGCUGUCACACUGCAGUACAAUUCAGGAGCAGCUGGGUAAAAGACACACCAGUUGGAGAAUUGAAGGGACACAGCUACCCAGCUCUCCAGAUUACACCCUGGGGAAUGUUACAGUACAGUAUGCGGUUUCUUGCUGCUGCCACUGAAGUAUAGUUGGCAGUACACACAUACUGGCUAACUGACAGCUCAAUCAUUGGGGCAAUAUGGGGGAACAAACACUAGGGGAAUGUCUGUGCUAGCUUUUACAAACAUGUCAACUGCAAAUCAUUAGUAAAAACAAGCCCUGUUUGAGAGAACUACCUUUGCUCACAUAGACAAUGCCUCUGAGCAAGUAGUGCAAUUUCUGUUUACUAGCUGUUUUUUGUACAUGAAGUGGAAGUCAGCAAUUGAACUGAACUCUUCAGUUGCUCUUCUACAUGUAAAGGCAAUAUGACUCCCCACUUCCAUUUUCUCUGCUGCAUAUUGGGGAUAUUAUUCACUUCUUGUAGAUAUAGGUGUCUACAGCACAAUUUGGUGAUUAGUAAGUACAAUAUCUGUGUAGUAAACAGAAGGUUUGGCAGUAUAAUUUGUUAUGCAUAAAAAGCAAUAAAACGGUACAGACUAUGGCAACUGAGGAUUGUCUAUGCGGACAUCCUGAGGCAGCAUGUGGAGGCCGUGCAGGAGCUCAACUCCAUCCUGAGAGAGAGGGCGGAGGCAGAGGAUCGGUGGCGUGACCGGCUGAUGGAGGAGCUGGUCCAGCAGCGCACAUCCCUGACUGCCACUCUUAGGGAGGUCUGCGGCUUGCCUGCUCCUGUGCCUGGUCCUGUUCCUCCAGCACCCCAUGACCCCGCCCCACCAAACCCCCCUUCCACAACAGCAUCCCUUUCCCCCCUUGGACCUCCCUCUCCCCCAGC